AUGGGGCCCCGGCUGCUGGGCGCCGUCCUGGGCCUGGUCCUGGUGCAGGUGCAGGUGGCCGUGCAGGACCUGGACCUGCAGAAGAUUGCGGGAUUCUGGCGGGAAGUGGGCGUGGCUUCCCACCAAAACCUGGCGCUGAAGACCCCGAAGCGGCCGGAGGCCCUGUUCCUGACGCUGCGCGGGGCCGAGCUGACCGUGAAGGCCGCGUACAACGGCUCAGGAGGCUGUGAGACAGAAAACAUCGUGGGCGCAGAGGUCGACGUCUCGGGGAGAUUUGUUUUUCCCGGCCGCAGGGAGAUCCAGGUGAUGGACACAGACUACGAGCGCUAUGCCAUCCUGCGGCUGUCGCUGCUCUGGCAGGGCCGGGCCUUCCACGUGCUCAAGUACUUCACCCGCAGCCUGGAGGACCAGGAUGAGCCCGGCUUCUGGCGGUUCCGGGAGCUGACGGCCGACACUGGGCUGUACCUGGUGGCCCGGCACGGGCGCUGUGCCGAGCUCCUGAAGGAGGUGAGUGCUGGCCGCUCCGCCCCGGCCGCCGGCAGGACGCUCCCAGCCCCGGCCUCCGGGUGA